AUGGCCAAUCCUCAAGUGUUCUUCCAAGUGGCUGUAGAUGGCCGCCCUUUGGGCAAAAUCGUGAUGGAGCUCCGAGCGGACGUGGUGCCUAAAACUGCGGAGAACUUCCGCGCACUCUGCACUGGGGAAAAAGGCUUUGGAUUUAAAGGCUCCAAGUUCCAUCGGGUUAUCCCAGGUUUUAUGUGCCAGGGGGGUGAUUUCACCAACCACAAUGGAACCGGCGGGAAGUCCAUCUACGGCAACAAGUUUGCAGACGAGAACUUCACUUUAAAGCACACCGGCCCAGGAAUCCUGUCCAUGGCCAACGCCGGACCCAACACCAAUGGUUCGCAGUUUUUCCUGUGUACCGCCGAGACUGCGUGGUUGGACGGGAAACACGUGGUCUUCGGUUUAGUGGUGGAAGGCAUGGAUGUGGUCAGGAAGAUCGAGUCUUAUGGCAGCGACAGCGGAAAAACUAAAAAGGAAAUUAAGAUCACCGAUUGUGGACAACUCUGA